CAACCCAGCCCGGAAUCCACGUCUCCACUCCCCUGUAGACUCCAAAACCCUAACCGGCUCCUCUCUUAUAAAAACAAAACCCUAGAGGAUCCAAGAGGAGAGACCAAGGAGGCACCCUAUCUCUCUCGAAUCGCUCGAUUGGUUCGCAACGAUGUCCACCGGAGAGCUCGCCUGUUCCUACGCCGCACUAAUCCUCCACGACGAUGGCAUCACCAUCACGGCGGAGAAGAUCUCCACCUUGGUGAGGGCCGCCAACCUGAAGAUCGACUCCUACUGGGCUCCACUAUUCGCCAAGCUCCUCGAGAAGAGGAGCGUCGACGACCUCAUCUUGAGCGUUGGAUCUGGGGGAGGCGGCGCUCCGGUUGCCGUCUCAGCGCCGGCUGGUGGUGCUGGCGGUGCAGCUGCCUCUGCUGUCGCGCCCGCAGCUGAGGAGAAGAAGGAGGAGCCGAAGGAGGAGAGCGAUGACGAUAUGGGAUUCAGCCUAUUCGAUUAGAGAGCUCCAGCUACUUCUUUCAUUCGAUUUUAAGAUGGAAAAUUUUCAAUUUACUUGGAUUUUUUAUUUUAGGAUUAUACUCAUCUGAAGAGGCCAAUUUAUGUUUGUCCAAUGGAACAUUGGAAUUUUUGUCUGCUGGGUUUUAUGUUUUAGUUAAGUUUGUAUUGCUAUGGACGAGGAUGAUCAAGAAUCCUUUGUUGGUUCUCAAAUAGUCCUUAUUGAGUUGUUUUCGUGGUAAAUUUUCUGCAAAUAUGUUGGUAAAUCUUUGUUAUGUUC